UGGACCAAUGAAUCCCUGGCCUUGGCCGCCUUGAAGAGUGACAGCACAGGCAGUAGCAUUUUUUUUUUCGGUUUUGCCAUGCUUUUUUCAUCACCACCCAUGGCCACCGUCUAAUCAUCAGAGAAAAAUGCAUAACAGGCUUCCCCUGCCAAUGCAUGUGCCCCAAAGGCAAGGUGGAGUCUGAUCCUUAAAUCACUGAUAUACAAGGUACUUAAGUGUGGAGGAAAUUGGUGGGAGCCUGUGCACCUCUGGCAUUGUACAAGAGGUCAGUUGCCUACGUAAUUCCUAUAGUAAUUCGUUGCUAAUACUUUAAGGGACCUCUUGGAUAAAAGCAAGGAAAAAAUCAGGCUAGAAGGAUACAGCUGUCUAAUUAUUUGUAGAGCGCAGUCAUGUAGGAUGCAAGUCAUGCAUUAGAUGAGCUAUACACUAUUUGAUACUUUGAUGAAAACUCAUUUAUUUGUGUUUGGACUAAUAAUAAUACUCUGAAGUGUUCACAAAUGCAAAAGCAAGGGCAAAUGGGUGGCAAAGUAUGGUGUUGAAGAGAGAUGAGGACAAGAACAAGUGGGGCAAGAGAAAGGGCUUAGGGAUUCAAGAAGCUGAGUUGUGGGUGGCAAGGGGGUGCCCCAGUAAUGGAUCUUUUGAAGUUCAUUUGAGACAUAGGGCAGAUGGCUUCUCCUGCUAUAAAGGUUCCCUUACCUUCUAUAGAUAUAUAGUAGGGAAGAAAAAGACCUUCUAGAUCUUGACCUGGAAGCCGGGAGGUGUUAUUGAAAGGAUGUGCCUUUCACAAGAUGGUUUGGAUCAGCUAGCCUAAUCCACUAGAGAAGGAGGGUGUUUGGGCAAAGCUGGGGUUAGGCUAGCUUGCAGUUGGUUGAGUUAGUCUCCAAUUAUGGGUCUUGAGAGACUGGUAGGAUGGGGAUAAAUCCUGGUUCAGCUUAGAGAUUACCAUUCUUCUUUGUUAUUAGAAUGAAAGAGUGUAUUUCCUUCUGAAGUCUUCAUAUAUGCCUCUGUAAAAGCAGCUAGGUUAUAACAGAGGCUAGAAGAAUAGAUUCUUUGAUUUUAGCAGCAGGUUUUCUUAAUAUGGCUAUGCUUGAAUAAAAGAAAAGCACUUGGUUGUAAUGUCAAAAGUGCUUUAAUUAGCUAGAAUAUGUCAUACCUUGGUCAUAAUGUGCAUCCACUUUGCUUUAAGUGCAUUAGUCUAAUUGGAGCAAUUCCUGUUCCUCAUCCUCACAUGGCACUUCUGAGAUGUUUUAUAUGUGUUUUAACGUUUUUUAAAAGGAACAAUAGAAAAAUAGAAGACACAACUGAAACCAAUGCUGAGAUUCUUGCUCGGCUCACUUCUGCGAUGCAGAGAGAAUUGGCGUCUGUUCUUGCUAUGAAGGCAAGAAAACUGGAAAUUAGUCAAACUGAUGAAAACAGCAAUGAGGAAUCAGAAGGACAAGGAGCUCAGAAGGAUGACUGUGAUGCACAGGCAGGAGUUAUGUGCAAGCUGCAAGAACGAGAGGAUAUUGGACGUCUUGAACUUGUCCAGAAACUGGCAAGAGAAAACUGUCACCUUCUACAGACAGAUAAAAAAGAACCAGACAAGAUAGACCAGCUGGAUGAUGAAGUGACUACUAUUCAAGUGAAGGAACUGGACCAGGAUGUGCUGGUGCUUAGGAAAGUGUCGUCACGUAGCCCAGCCCCCACAUCAGGGAGUGCCGAGAGUGAUUGGAGAUACGUGGUGGUAUCUGGGACACCGGAGAAGAUUUUGGAGCAUCUCCUGAAUGACUUACACCUGGAAGAAGUGCAGGACAAAGAGACAGAAACUCUCCUGGAUGACUUCCUUCUCACAUACACAGUCUUCAUGACAACAGAUGACUUAUGUCAAGCUCUGCUGAGGCAUUAUUGUGCUAAAAGCCAUCAAGGCAAGGAAGAAAUUCUAGAUGUUCCCUGCAGAAAGCGAAAAGUCUUACAUUUGGUGUCCCAGUGGACUUCACUGUACAAAGACUGGUUACAUGAGGAUGAGCAUUUAAAGCAAUUUCUAAAGACAAUAUACAGGAAUGUGUUAGAUGAUGUAUAUGAAUAUCCUAUACUUCAGAAAGACCUGAAAGAAUUUCAGAAAUUACUAGGAAUGCACCGUCGUCACACUGUAGAUGAAUAUUCACCGCACAGAAAGCAUAAAGCCAUUUUACAUCAGUUCAGUCUCAAGGAGAACUGGCUUCAAAACAGAGCAACUGUGACUGAAACAGAAGAAGUUUUUUGCCGUGUGUAUAUAACAGAACAUUCUUAUGUCAGUGUAAAAACUAAAGUAUCCACUUCAGCUCAGGAGAUCUUGAAAAUUGUAGCAGAAAAACUCCAGCAUUCACCAGAAGAUCUGGCUUUAGUGGCUCUUUCAUUCACUGGAGAAAAACAUGAAUUACAUCCAGAUGACCUUGCAGUCUCCAAAUCCCUUGAAUCAUCUGCUCGUAUGUUUGUAUUUCGAAAGGAUCUGGCAGAUAGUCUGAACCCAUUUGUUGACAAUGAAGAAACCCAACAGCGGUCGGUGAGAAUUCUGGGAAUUAACACCUGGGACCUUGCUUUGGAAUUAACCAAUUUUGACUGGAGUCUUUUCAACUUGGUUCAUGAGCAAGAGCUGAUAUACUUCACCUUCAGCAGACAGGGCAGUGAGGAAAACACUGUGAAUCUUAGUCUCCUCCUCCAAAGAUGCAAUGAAGUUCAACUCUGGGUUGCCACAGAAAUAUUGCUCUGCAGCCAGCUCUGUAAACGUGUACAACUAGUGAAAAAGUUCAUUAAAAUUGCUGCUCACUGCAAAUCCCAAAGAAACCUAAAUUCAUUCUUUGCCAUUGUUAUGGGUCUCAACACUGCAUCUGUCAGUCGGCUUUCUCACACAUGGGAGAGAAUCCCUGGCAAGUUUAAGAAGCUCUUCACUGAACUUGAAAGUUUGACAGACCCUUCCCUGAAUCACAAAGCCUAUAGGGAUGCAUUCAAGAAAAUGAAGUCUCCGAAAAUCCCCUUCAUGCCUUUACUACUUAAAGAUGUAACAUUUAUCCAUGAAGGAAAUAAAACUUUUUUGGAUAACCUUGUUAACUUUGAAAAGCUGCACAUGAUUGCAGACACAGUCCGAUCAUUAAGACAUUGCAGGCGCAACCAGUUUGGGAAUGAAGUGCCCCCAAAAGAGCAUCAUGAGCUGAAGCCUUAUGUCCAUCAUCUGCACAUCAUCGAUAACCAACAGAUGUUGUUUGAGCUUUCUCAUAGGAUUGAACCUCGUGUGUGAGUUCACACAGACUCACAUGACUGUAGCACUUUCAGUUAAGUGAAUGUUUAUGCCAAGCAUGCUGUUUCCCUAGGAGAGAGAUGAUUACUGAGUUUUAUCAGUAGCUGAUGCCAGAACAUGUCUAGGCAUCUCAUGUAAAGAAGAAGAAGAGCGUUCGCAGCAGCCUUCCAGGAUGAUGAAAUGCCAAAUCUAUUCAACUGCAGAACAGGAAAGAGAGGAGGAACAUUCUCCAUGUUCAAAAACUUGAUUUCCUUGGAAAUUAAUCUUGGUCCAGAAUAGAUUUCAAUCCAGAUUCUGUCAGCAUUAAAUUGAAAGAAGAUCUUUAUCACCAUGAAGGAUUUUUUAAAAUACAUGCAGCACUGUGUGAGAAAGCCACUUAUAAUUUGCCAUGUACCUCAGUAAUUGUAAGCUGCCAAAAGUAUUGACUGUUGCCAAAAAGAAAGAAAAAAAGGGAUGUACUGAAAAAGCUUGCCUAGGAUAUGGAGGAGCCUCUGCAAAGUUAAAGCAGAAAAAAGAAAGACAACAUGUUAGACUGAACAUACAAAUGACAUUCAAACAAAUUGUGAAAUUACAGCCAAACAUCAGUUGAUGUUUUAUUUUGUAUUUCCAAAAGCGAUCCAUACUAUGAAGCAAAAUUCCAUGUUAUUGUUUGUGGUAAGAAGCACAGUGCUUUUACACUGACCUGAUUCACAUGUCACAGUAAGCCAAGAUGGGCUGUUACGAUGUGCGACUUCAGUGUGGCUUAGAUUGAUGUCUGUACCCAGAGCAGAGUUUCCAUCUUGAAGUAGGGUUGGGUUGUAGUAGGAUUGGUUAAGAUGGCUUGUUCUCAGGAUGGCUUUUUGUGACAUCUGAACCCAGCAGAAGAAUUUUACCUUGGAUUAUGAGGAAGAUCUAGAGAGCAGCCAACGGUACCAGCAAAACCCCCUGCCACUCCUCACAUUUGUGCUUGUGUUGCUGCUGCUUUUCCCUCCAUCUUACUGUUCUGCUUUGAGUUUGUGCAAUUAUCUCUUAGUUUUACUGCCUUUUCAUGACAUUUACCUAUGUUUAAUGAUCUCACUCACUGUUUUGUAUCUUUAUGUAUGUAUAGCAGCUAGUGACGAAGACCACUAAAGUGGGCAAGCAUGAAGUAGGGGCACGGUGAAGGCAGCUGGCAGCUGCAAGAAAGGGUUGGGGAUGGGUGCUGUUACUUCAGUAGAAUGUAAAGCAGCCUUUAAAAAUGUAUGCUAGCAAAGGAAGCACCAAAGCAGUGAAUGAAAUUUAAAAGGACACUGACAAGAGGGGGAUACUAACGCAAGACUUCCAAAAAGGUAAUAACAUUGUGAAUACAUUCCAACAUUCAUAAGGGCUCAGAAAAUUAUACCAUUUUUAUGUUCUGAUGUGUGUGGGGGCCCCAGGAGUUUAACUUUAGGAAGUACCAAAGUGGAUUAUGAAACUGAGAAGGACAUUGACAAGAGAGCUCAAUAGAAAACAUGUGGUCUGGCAGUCUUUUGUGAGAGCAACCCGCCCCCCUCUCCCCACACACACAAACUUGCAAACAGAUAACUAGCUCAGAAGCAUAUUCCAUUCAGAGAUCAGAGGUGUGUGUUGUGGUGAGGUUCCUUGUGAGCCAGCAUCCCUAGUGGGUCAGGUGCAGAAAGGGCACUGAUGUAAGGAGUACAGAAACAAGGAUUUCUGCUGAAUGGCCCCUGGAAUACAUGCUGGCAGCAUCCAUAAAGACUGCGAGGGACUAAGAAAGCCAUGGCAAGCCACCAUAUGAGGCAUUUAUUGUGAGCUCAUGAUUCCUCCCUCACAGAAGUUUGUAGGUCAUUUCCACAACUUUCUCCUCAAGGGAUUUUCCUUCAUUUUCCAGCAAUUUCACAGGGUGGUGGUGGUUGUUUUUUACAGCAAGGCAAGUCUUGUAGUUUCCUAAACCGUGCCAUUACUCACCUUGGAAGCCUUGUGUAAGAUCUAAAUUCCACAGUGCCAUCUUGUGUUGUGUAAUGGAACAUACAGGAAUAUAUCAAAAGGCAGAGAGGAAAAUGUCCAGGAAAAAAAAUAACCUUAUGUGAAGGGUGCUCUAAUGUUCUUGUAAUGAAAACAGAGGCAGAAGCCUCAAUAAAGCACAAGGUUAUAUACCUCAUGAGGAGAUAGCCCUACCUGAGCAAUUGUUGGGAGUAAUGGGGAAACCACCCACCCUUUGCGGCUUAGUGUGAUAUGCCAGCUCACUAAUCUGAUCAUGUCCUACAAUGCUCAGUGAUUUCAUUGUUUCUCAUGGUUCUUUUUUAAUUUUAGAAACAUCUGUGGUUUUUUUCCUCCUUUCCCAGUUAUUCUAAUCUAGGUAACUAGUUUCCAAUGUUUUACUCUUUGGUUGCUGUAACAGGAGGAAUUAUUAGAAUUACCUUUAGAUAGGUGUGAGCUCACCUCUAACCAGCAGUUAAAUAGAUGGGCAAGAAGCUUUCCAAAGGUAACGGCAUUCUACACUCAGCAGUUCCUAAAAAGGAAAGGUAGCAAUGCCUCUUGGAAUGUGUUUUCACAAAUUCAGAAUGUCUACACCUUGAUACUGGAUAGGCGUUCAGGAAUGGUGGUGACUACACACACCGAAUCCUUGGAAUGAGAUUUCUGUUAAGAGUCUUAUGAUCUCCAGCAGAACUAACAUCCAUACGUGACUGGAAUCCCCGGAGUUUUCCUGGUGAAUCAGUGACAGUUAAAGUACGAUGUGGCAUAUUUGCAAUCAUUGUUAACACUGAAAAAGAAACACUGCAUCUGUGUUGAACCUAACGUGUACAUUGUACAUUGUUAAUACUUCUACGUUGAAAGACUGAAUAUACCCAAGAGCUUAUCCAGCUAAUUAAUUCAUACCUUGACUUUCCUGAAUUUUAAAUCAUGAGAUAGUCCUGAAAAAUCCCUGUUUAGAGGUUAAAUCAGUAUUUCCAUAUGUAAAAGUGCACAGUUGCUGUAUGUGAGGGCUAGGCAUGCUGCAAUCUCACCUUCCUUUGUUAAUAGCUGGAUAUGGACUCACCCUGCAACAAGUCAUGCUAUCCAGGUUUGGACUAAGCCAUGCGUUGCACCCCAGCAGUGAUUAUGGAAAUUGAGUCCAACAUAUGGCAUGAUUUAAUAAACCACUGUGGCUUAUUUUGAUUGUGCAAACUGGGCCACCACUAUUAUUUGUUUGUUAGAUUUAUAUCCUGCCCUUUUUUUCUUUGAAAGAACUCAAAUUGGCUUACAUAAUUCUUCUGACAUAA